AUGCGAGAGUCGAAGUCGCCGAAAAGGUUCGCAACAGGCCACUCCGAGCCACGUCAGGGUGUAGUCUCCCAACCGUACAAUUUCUACCAGUCAAACUUUUCAGAAGCACGGACGUCUGUUCGGUCAUCUCUAUCUCAAGUGAUACGUCCUAUGACGUCUCGUACGAGACUCCUGACCCGUCAUAUCUCCUAUCCCCGCAGUCUUGAAAGGCCACGCACCCACAGUGGAUGUCACAGUCGGGACACUUCCAGGGACGGGUUUGAUUCAUGGGAUACGUCAAGUGUGGGCUACCAAACUCGUCAAGCCGUACUGCGGUCUUCUUUUCCAGUACGUGGGACAGCACUCGAGACUAUCCCUGGGAGUAGGCCUGACUCGCUCGCUUUCCCUCUGGGCCUUCAAGAACUAGCACCGGCGCAUAUCCGGACUCAUUCGGGCGGCAAGCGGUUCCCUAGCCCUACCGUUAGUGAGGCGCACAUUCAUCCGUUAUUCCGAUCAGACAGCCCUACACCUCCACCAACAGCCACCGUAGGAACAGUUGUCACGGCGGCUCCAUUUGGCGGGCAGAUGCUCAUGCCUCAUUCCAAUUUGAUGCUCGCUCAGAUACGGUCGGGGAGUUUUGUGUCAUUACCCAGCCCUUUGGUGCAUUCAAGGAGCUUUGACGAUGGAGCAAUUUUACGAAGUCCGACUCCUCCGAGCAGGGAAAUGACGCCUCCCAUCCCCGAAUACAUUCUUUCGGCUGGAUCAAGAACUAGCUUUAUCUCGUAUGGAAGACGAAAGGCAUCGUUCAGGUCGUUUGAGGAUUCGCAACCAGGAUGA